AUGGUCUCGCGCUCUCUCCUUCUCAUGGCUGCGGCGCUGAUGGCCCGGGUCGCAGAGUCUUCAUCGGCCCGCGUGACAUCGGUCUUCAUUGACACCGUCUCGGGGUACGACGAGCUGUCGACAUGUGCCGAGGAGGUCCUCUCGACCAUCGUACGAGCCCAGUAUAGUGGAUGCGGGGACAACGGCGCGGUGACGAGCUACACGUGCUUCUGCACGGAUUCGAGCUCACAAAUGAGCUCGAUGAUCACGUCGGCCGUUACACUGUCUUGCGACUCAUCUAUCGCCUCCGCCCAGGCGUCAAGUGCGAUCGGGGUGUUCGAUGCAUACUGCGAGAUCGGGGUCCCAAGCGACCUAGUGGCAACGACGACGGCCGGUACCUUCCACAGCAAGCGCGACAGAAUCUCCGUCGCCAGCAUCGACGGCGUCGACAACUGCGGCAUCGGCGACUUCGGUCUCCACUUCAUCAACCUCGGCAUCGGCGUCGGCAUCCAGCGACUCAAUGAGCCGCUCGAAGGUCGUGGCCAUCGCAAGAAGCGCCAGCAGUUGGAAUCGACGUCCCACGCGGCGGGCGUCGGAAAUUCGAGACCCGAGUUCAGGUGGCCGGCCCGGAUCGCAGGCUCGACACAAGAACUGCCGACGCAGCAUCACAGCCACGAGAUGCCGGCCAAGGGGCCCAUCGCCUCGCCCAGCAGUUCCGAGUACCACAUAUCGCCGUUACCAAUCACGCCGGCCCCUCAGAAACCGCCUGUCUAUCAGGUCCAGCCAGAGAAGAUCCCAUACCAGCAUCAGGAGUUCUACCAGCCGCCGAAGGAGGCGCACCACCAGCAAGAACCUCAAGAGCUGCCGGCGUCGGGACAGCUGUCGAUCGAGAACCGGCAUGAGUUGGAAGGGAGUCUCAGCCCGGUGUCGCCAUCGGGUCGUUUCUCAUAUCAGGCGAAUGAUAAGUGA